GUCCAAUGGGGCCGCAAGCCUUGCACGUAAUUUCGGGCUACUGCGCGCUGACGAUGUAUGCGGCGUCAACUCAGCCGCCUCAUGUGUAGCCUCCUUUCCUCUCCCUUCCACCUCUCUCUUUGUUUGUGCACUCUUUCGGGAAGUAAUUCCUCCUCAUCUGCCUUUGGAGGCCUCCUCCACCCCUCCCUUCGGUGGUGCCAUCGUGUGCCCUCCGUCCUCUUGCAUUCUGUCUGCUUAUCGUUCCAGGCCCUCAAGCAUGGCCACCACCGUCCGCUCCCGCGGGGUCUUGGUGAUGGUCCAUUGUUGCGUCUUGUGGAUGCUCGCCACAACCUUCGCGAAUGCUCUGCGGAUGGACCUGUUUCACAAGUUUUCCAAGCAGGCUAUUGAAGCGAUGCGCAGCCGGAACGGCAUGGAUUACGCCCAGGAUUGGCCCACGGAGGGCACUAUCGAGUUCCAGACCAUGCUGCGCGAUCACGAUGUUGCCAGGCACACCCGCACGGCGCGACGGAUUCUAGCUGCAUCCUCGAUGGACCAGUACGUUCUCAUCCAGGGAAAUGCCACAGAGCAGCUGUUCGGAGGAGGAUUACACUAUAGUUACAUAGACAUUGGGACUCCAAACGUGCAGUUUUUGGUGGUUCUGGACACAGGAAGUGACCUGCUAUGGAUCCCCUGUGAGUGUGAGUCCUGCGCUCCUCUAUCGGCUGAAAGCAAAGACCCCCGCACCAGUCAAUUGAAUCCUUACACGCCGUCACUAUCGUCGACUGCGAAGCCAGUUCUGUGUAGUGAUCCUCUCUGCGAGAUGUCUAGUACGUGCAUGGCGCCAACAGAUCAAUGCCCAUAUGAAAUCAAUUAUGUGUCUGCCAACACCUCGACUUCCGGAGCACUUUACGAAGACUACAUGUAUUUCAUGCGGGAAUCAGGAGGCAAUCCAGUGAAGUUGCCUGUCUACUUAGGAUGUGGCAAGGUUCAAACGGGUUCACUUUUGAAGGGCGCUGCGCCCAAUGGACUGAUGGGUCUCGGGACGACUGACAUAUCCGUGCCCAACAAGUUAGCAAGCACAGGGCAGCUGGCGGAUUCGUUUAGCUUGUGCAUAAGUCCUGGGGGAUCAGGGACUCUCACCUUUGGGGAUGAAGGGCCUGCUGCACAACGAACCACUCCAAUUAUUCCCAAGUCGGUUUCGAUGCUUGAUACGUAUAUUGUGGAGAUUGAUUCGAUCACCGUGGGGAAUACAAACUUGCUUAUGGCUUCGCAUGCUCUCUUUGAUACGGGAACCUCGUUCACUUACCUUUCCAAGACCGUCUACCCCCAAUUCGUACAGGCUUAUGAUGCUCAGAUGUCGUUACCCAAGUGGAAUGAUCCCAGAUUCAGCAAAUGGGAUCUCUGCUACCAGACGAGCAACACGAACUUUCAAGUUCCAGUGGUCAGCUUAGCUUUGUCAGGCGGGAACUCUUUGGAUGUCGUCAGUGGUCUGAAGAGCAUCGUCGACGAUAACAAUGCGAUGAUUGCGGUUUGCGUAACAGUAAUGGACAGCGGUGCUGGCCUCUCGAUCAUCGGUCAGAAUUUUAUGACAAACUACAGCAUCACCUACAAUCGCGCAAAAAUGACCAUCGGUUGGACCCCCUCGGACUGCUCCACUGACCUCACUCUAAGUAAUUCCACACCUGGUUCUGUUCCUGCUGCCUUGCCACCGACGGCUCCUCUCCCUGCUGUUCCACGUCCGGCUUCGCCGAAUAGCACAGUCACAGCGAACUCUAAUGUUGCGACUGCGGUGUUGGCCGACAUUCUACCACUGCUACUCGCCUGUCUGAUAUCAUUAGCAGCUAUUUUCGGUUAGAUAGAUUUGGAAAAUUGAUUCUAAUAAUCAGGUACUGUGCGCCCAUUGAGUUCGACCAAAGCUCGGUGUAAUCUAGUCUCUGGAUACAGAGCUUGCACACCAAGUUUCUUGAGUUUGUGGCAGGGUCAGCACAGAUUUAUCGGUAAAUUCUCGUCUUGUUAAUUUAGCGUAGGAAAAGGUUACUCCCAUGAGACAGUAAGCUACAAAGGGUGCACCCAGCUGUAGUCGAUUUGAUUGAAUCGGGAAAAUGAUUGUGUUCCUCGAUCCGUAAGAGCGUGGAGGGAAGAGUUUUUUGUAAUUUACAUAUGUACAAGUUCUUUGAUCGGCAUCCGAAGUCGCAAGGCUUGAUGUCAGGUUUUCAGCCGAGUUUUAUUGUAUAGACAUUAAUUAUGUUACUUCCAACAUUCUCGAGUUUCAA